AUGGAUGUCUUCUUGCGCUUGGACGCAAUCAUGCAAGGCCGCCUUUUACUCAAGCAAGCAGAUGGGCCCACUAGCAAGGAAGACAAAGUUGCCAUGGCCAAGGAGGAGAUGGAGAGCCUUAAGCGCCUGCUUAGUGCACUGCGCUACCUUUACAGGAAUGGCAGCUCAGCUGCUCGCCGUGCCAAUGCCGCAAGUGAGUCGUCAACAGAGGAGGAAGCGGAAGAUGCUGCUGGUUCUAGUGCAGCGGAGUUUGAAGAGUUUCAAGGCAGCCCUUGCGACUCCGAUGAGGAAAACUCCGAUGGCGCCAACGAUGACAGCGAUGAUGCCAUCGACAAUGAUGACACGAAAGCGACCAGUGAGAACGAGCACAUGGAGGAGAGUGGAGCCAGUGAUGUCAAGAUGAAGCGAGUGAGCUUGGGGUCAAGCACUGACGUGCCUGAUGAGAACCAGAAUGAUGAGGAGGCUUCAUCGCAGGCCUCAGACGUUGACUCCGAGGCCACACUCAUGCUGCCUGGUCUUGGGAGCUCUGAUGAAGAGGUCAGUGAGCGAAAGCCACGAGCGAAGAAGCCCAAGAACAAGAAGGCGAAGAAGGCGGCGAAGGCUUCCUUUCGGCGAGGCUCACACAAAGCCAAGGCGGUGAAAGCGGAGUCCGACGGCGAGUCCUCUUUCAAAGAGCCGCCAGAGGUCUAUGGCAAGUAUUCCCUCAAGGACAUUCCCCAUCAAGCCCGGCCUCAAGCUGGGAGGAUUCACAAGGGCCAGCACAGCUACACCGUGGAACGUGUGGUCAUAGACCCAAAGGGGACCGAGUGCAAUGUACUCAUCGAUGUGUUGCUGAGGAACCAAGCCUAUUGUGUGAAGAAGCCAACGGAGUAUGGUCGAAAGGGCCAGGCUGGAGAACAGUGGCAUGCCGAGGUGAUAGCUUUCAUCGUGACCCUCAUUUUUGCGCAGCGGGAUUUGAGAUUUAGCAGCUCUACAGCCCUGGACCAUUUGGAAGCCUUUGCUGGAUUUGCCAGCUUUCAAGGCUUUGAUGCGCAACGUCCGUUUGGCAGGGCUUUGAGCAAGUUGCGAACCAAACUUCAGGUGAGAACACAGCAGGAGGCCAAGAAAGCAAUCAAGCACAAUCUCAAGCGAUCAGAUCGGAGCUUGAACUACCGAGCGAGUGCCAGCUGGAUUAAGUGGGCCAAUCUAGAGCCAGUCUUGGAGCUUGUCCUGAAGAGGCUGAAGACUGGAGGAACGCGCAUUGCACUUCAACGCUUCAUCUUUGGUUCAAUUGAGAUAUUUUUUGGGCUCCAACCAAUAGUGUUGAGCAUGGCAAAAGGUGCCCCUAGCUGUCGCAUACGCGGGAAGGGGGGUAAAGCUGAUGAUACUGUGCCAGUGCGGAAGUCCGCGCUGAAGAACCCACUCAGAAAGCCAAAAGAGUCAAAAGAAAAGCCUCAGCCUCAGAAGAAGUCUGAGAAGAAGAACGCAAAGGAAGAGAGGCCACCAGCGAAGCAGAAGGAGCAUGGCAAGAAGCAAAAGGCACAGAAGAAGACUGAGAAGAAGGUGAAGGAUGCAAAAGACGGCGAAGAGAAGACAAAGAAGGAGAAAGAGAAGAAGGAGAAGUGUGACGCAAAGGGGACAGCAGAUGGAAAGGGUCCGGCAAAGGAGAAGACAGAGAAGGCCAAGGAAAAGAAGGAGGUAGCAAAGAAGAAGGCCGAUGAGAAGAAAGAAAAGAAAGGAAAGGAGAGGAAGCAAGAGAAGCAGGCAGAGAGAAAGGAAAAAAGUCAGGCAAAGGAGAAGAAUGAGAAGCCACAGAAAGGGGCUCGUGAGCAGGAGACGUCAAAGAAAGCUGAGAAGCAGAAAGAGAAAGGAAAGAAGAGCAAGCAGGAGGAUGAGGAGGUGAAGCACAAGAGAAGAGAAAAGCAAGAAGAGGAUGGCAAGAAGAAGAAAGCCAAAAAACAGAAAGACCAGAAGAGCGACGCCACCAGCCCAGCCACUACAGCCCCAUACACACCAGUGCGUGGGAACAAGGCUCUGGCUGACUCUCAAGUGAGUGCCACCGCCAGCGAACCACCUAGCGCAAGUGUCUUUCAGGAUUUGGCCGACUUUGAGGAGGCAAAGAAAAAUGCACAGAAAAAGGGGGUGUCGCUUGAGGAUUAUUUGGCUGGCCUUUCAAGCCUAGAGCUUGAAGAGGUGUUAGAAAGCCAUAUGAAGCAACUUUGCGCAGAAACAAAUCAAAAGACUGAAGAUGAUGAGGAUGAAGGGGCAGCGGAUGGAGACGACAGCAUGAAUGAGGAAGAAGAUGGAGAGGAGGAGGAAGAGGAGGAGGAGGAAUCGGAGGAGGAUGAUGAAGAGAAGGGCGAAGGAAGUGAGGCGGAGGACUGCGACGAAGAAGAUGAAGACAAGGAGGAGAAAGAGGAGGAGGAAGAUAACCAAAAAGAAGAGGAAAUGGAAGAAGGAAUUGGUGGUGAUGAGGAUGCUGAAACGGAAGAAGACAGCUCAACUUCUUCUGAUGAGAGCUCGUCAGGUGAGGAUGAUGAUAGCGAAGAUGAAAGAAAAGAUGGGUCAAAAUGCACAGCCAUCGUUGCUGUCGCCAAAGAUGCAGAGAAGAAAAGCAUGGAUCUGGCUAACGCCAACAGCGUUACACACAAGAAUGAAUGGAACCAGUUCCACCGCCAGUGCCUGAACAGAAAAGUGUUUCCAGCGGCGCUGGCUUCCAACUUUUUGGACCACAAGCUUGACCUGUUCCGUGAAUGGCUCAAAUGUGGUGGAGAGUGGAAGAAGGUGGAGCUCAACAUUGAGCGUCGGGUGACAGAGUCGAGAAAGAACAAGAGGAAAGCCAAAGAGUUGGUUGACCGGCUUCGCUCCAAAGAGAUGUACGAGUACGAUGAAGACUUUGAGAAGGAUGAAGAUGAACCUUCUUCCAAGUUUAUGGUGAAGGGGGCCCACUUGCACCAGGGGCAUGCCCUGGUCUUUCCAAUGAAAUAUGCUAUUUCGCUGAAGCAGUUGAACUACGCAGGGGAGCUGGUUGCCGGGCUCCUCAAAUUCUCGGACGCAAUGGAAAAGAUCUAUGGGGAGAUGUCUACUCUCAUUUCUUCGGGGGUUGAUGAAGCGAAGAAGUACAAGAGUCUUAUGAGCACAGCGGAUUCGUCUUCAAUAGCUGCCGUGGCAGAGCUGUCACGGGCCAACGUUGCAGACAUGGGCAAGUCUGUGCCUCAAGCUGUAGCGGCCUUGGCUAGUUUAGGCUCUUGGGGCAACAACGCCUCAAACUCAGAAAGGGACAUGCACCGUUGGGUCCGGAACCUGUACCAAUUUGGCUUGGAGACGUAUGAUGUGGAGUUGGAGUUGCAGGCGCCAAACAAAACCCACUUGGAGAAGACGACAAUCCCAUUUGUGCUCCCCCACGAGCUCUUUCAUACCAUUUAUGAAGCGGGCAAGUUUCAGGUCAAGACAGCAGCGCAUAAAGCUGUUGCUGAAAUCGUGAUCUGGUCAAUGCGGCAUGCCUUGACUGGCGUAUUUCCAAGGCUAGGAAGUGAUUGCAAGUUGUCUCGGCUUCUGGAAUAA